UGAAAAUCACGUGAUCUUCAAAAAACGGGUGUUGGCUCAGUAUAAACUGCGGAUAUUUCUUUUUGCAAGUUCCUUCCUGAAGUGAGUUAGAGAAAGAAAGUCUGUUCAUCAGCAAAAACAGUGUACUCUCUAAGCUGGCAUCAGUCAUGGCAGAUUCUACUGAAAGACAAGAUGCAGCCAGCAUAGAACAUAAGUUGUGCAAUAUUGAAGAAAUUAUCCAACAAAGUACUGAAAUUGGGAAGGGUACUCCUGCUCGUUAUUGUUUGAAAUCAAAAACAGAGUCUCCUGAUCAAUCUAACCUAUAUAGACAAAUAAUCUUUGGAGAAAGAGAUAACAACAAACCCCAUAAAACCAUUCUGAUGGUUGGAGAAACAGGAACAGGAAAAACAACCCUGAUCAAUGUGAUGAUCAACUACAUGUUGGGUGUUCAGAGAGAAGACAAGGUUUGGUUUGAGAUCACAGAUGAUCAGUGUGACCGAUCUUCAGUUCACAGUCAGACCUCCAGCGUCAUUAUAUAUGGCUUAUAUCUACAAGAGAGUCCAAUCCAUUUAACAAUCAUCGACACUCCAGGAUAUGGAGACACGCAAGAUAUUCAGAAAGAUAAAGAAAUCGCAAUGAGUUUGCUUAGUUUAAGCAGAUGUGAUGACUGGGUUCAUGAAUUACAUGCAGUGUGUCUGGUGAUUAAAGCAACGGAAAAUCGACUCUCUGACAGACAACAAUAUAUAUUUGAUGCUGUUCAGUCUUUAUUUGGAAGAGAUAUUGCUGAAAACAUUGUCCUGCUCUUCACACACUCAACUGGAUCUCAUCCUAGAAAUGCCCUGACGGCUGUUAAAGAGGCUAAAAUCAAGUGUGCAGUGAAUGAUGAGAAUCAGCCAGUGUUUUUCCUGUUUGAAAACUGUCAGUCAGAAACUGCUGAUGAAGAUGAUGAAAUAAUGCAGGAACAAUCAUGGAGACUCAGUUUUAGAGGAAUGACAGGAUUGUUUAAGUUUCUUGACACAAUAAAACCAAAAACCCUGAAGAUGACUCAAGAUGUGUUACAACAACGGAAGCAGUUGGAGGCAAAUAUCAAUAACCUACAAUCACGUGUUCAAGAAAUGGACCUAAAGCAAAAGGAGCUGAAACAAACUCAGGAAGCUCUGGAGCAGAACGCAGAGGAUGUCAAGAACAAUAAAAACUUUGAGUAUGAAGUUGAGGUGUCCUACAAAGAGAAGAUUCCCAUUGAUCCAAAUAUGUGGGUCUUGACCAAAGAGGCGACAUGCUGCAGCGUCUGUAAGGAGAACUGUCAUUAUCCAGGAUGCUGGUGGGUCAGUAAUCUCUCGUGGUGCAGCGUGAUGAAAAAUAAUCACUGUACAGUGUGCACAAAAAAAUGCCACUACAGCAAACAUGUCAAAGAAGCAAAAAUAUAUGUAAUAAAGACAAAGAAGGAGAAGAGGACGUAUGAAGCUUUAAAGAAGAAAUAUGAUGGUAAGAUUAGGGACAGUGUGUCUUUGGUCAAGAAGCUGGAAGAAGAACUGCAAGAAUUAGAGAAAGAGAAAAUGAAGUUGGUGAUUGAAGCUUUUCACUGUGUGGAAACUCUGCAGAUGAUCGCACUCAACACUGAUUCACUGCUUAUACUUCUGCAUGUUGAUUUUCUGAUAGAGAAGCUGAAGGAAAUUAAUGAGCCUGAAAAAGCCAAAAUAUUAGAAAACAUCAAGAAAAGAGCAGGAGGAGAAAAAAAAGGAGCACUGGGAUACUUUACAAGAUUGCUUAAAUAAUUACAAAUAAUAUGUCUCAGCUACAAAAACCUGCUGAAAAUUAUUUUGUUUCUUUCAAAAGCAUGUCCUUCAUAUAUAUAUAUAUAUAUAUAUAUAUAUAUAUAUAUAUAUAUAUAUAUAUAUAUAUAUAUAUAUAUAUAUUGAUUGUAAAUGCAAGGUUUUAUGAAUUUCUAUCAUCACACUUGCUUGUGUUUUGCCUUGGAUAACGGCAAGUGCGACAUUAACUGAUGUAAAAUAGUAUAGUAAGUGAUUACUGUAAUUCAUUUCCUGGAAUUAAUAAAUUCAUCAUAACAUCACAGCUUUUUUUUUUUUUUUUUUUUAAUAUCUAUUCACUGAACUACUAAACACAAGCCAAAAAUCCAAUGCUCAUAAAAGUACUAAAUGAUCAGUGUUGAGCAUGUUACUUUAAAAAAAGUAAUUAGUUACAGUUACUAGUUACUUCUCAAAAAUAGUAACUGAGUUAGUAAUGGAGUUACAUCAUUAUAAAAGUAACUAAUUACCAGGGAACGUAACUAUUGCUUUACUUAAAAAAAAAAAAGUCAAAUAACUAAUAUUAAAAAAAGAUGCGAUAAAGUGACUUUGAAGCCCAUUUACAAAAUAUUUGAGUCAUGUUAAGUGUUAACGAUCGAUUAAAUACACAACACAAAGAAACUUUUUACAGUGUUCUCUUCUUCCGUAUUGUUUGUUUGCAUAGAUAUAUACACUAGAGGCAUUUCUCAAUGUCAAGGAAGGAUCCUCGGAAGCCAGAAUUUCGAGGAUGCUACGUCAUCGACAUCCGUCGAAGGACUGUUCCAAUGUCGAGGAUCCUCGGAAUUUUAAACAAGGUGUGAGUCCUUCCUUCGAAAAAUAUCCCAUAUACAGGAAAGGAUGCAUAUGUGUAGCCUUCGCGCUCUCAAAUCACCCACAAUCCUAUGCGUGCAGCUUUGCGAUCUUGUUAAAAAUUUUUUUAAAAAAAUGUCGGACGUUAACGGGCAAUAUGCUUUCAAAUGUAAGUAUAUUUAUGUAGCCCAGCUAAGGUUAUUUAUAAUCUCCUAAAUGCAUAUUUCUGAAUAUGUAAAUGUUUCUGAUAUUCUUGUGUUAAAAUGGUAUAAAUGUCAUGGACUCAUAUAAUAGUAUAUCAUUUCACUUGUACGAGUGUUACAUUGAUUAUGGUAAAAGUUUAUGUGAGAUGUACUGGUUAAAAACGUGGGUUUGACAAGCAUGCAUGUUCUUUUAUUUGUGAUUGGUCUUUAUUUUAUUUAGUCCCGCCUUGUUUGGUCACUGAGAUUUCUGAUUGGAAGUAGGACAGGUGCGAGAGGAGAGAGAUGAUGGAGGCAGAUCGGAAAGUGAUGUCGCAUUUUAUUUUUCUCCUGAUUUAGAGAAAAAUAGUAACAUAACCGCUAAUUAAGUGGUCAAAGCUUAUAGUCAGUGAAUGUAGGAAGUGUUAAAUAACAUUUCUUUAAUUUGUUUCCUUUGUUUUACUCUGAUUAAGAGUUUAAUUAUCUCAUAAACUUCAACAUUGUUUCAGUGUUUCUUUUAACAUUGUGUAGAUUGGACUUAUAUAAACACAGACCAGUGUUCACUGAGGAUUUUACUGUGUAUGUUGUACAUUUGAGCAUCUAUCCAAACAGAAUUUUGUACCUGUAAAUGUUUUUUAUUUUAUUUUAUAUACAAACAUGAAAAAAGUCUGAAAUAUAUAUAGUUUAAAUAUAUAUAGUAUAAUUUUUAAGUAAUUAUUCUACAAGUAUGUGAAUUUAUGAACGUGUCUAAGGGCAGAACAAGUGUCUCAGUGGAAAACACUGUCUCCUCACAACAAGAAGGUUCCUGCGGUUCGAGUCCCAGCUGAUCCAGAAAGUCUUUCCUUCAGAUCUGGUUUCUGUCACAAUCCAAAGAUGUGUGAAUUACAGAUGCUAAGUUGCCUAAAGGUGUGAACAUGUGUUUUACUGUCUAUGGAUGCAUCACUUUUGAAAGACUGAGCAGUAUUACUGCCCCCUAGAGGAACAUGAUGCAGUUGUUUUGACUGAGAUUGACAUUCAAAAUGUAAAUAAAUUAAUUCAAAUUUAUGCAGUGUUCUUUGUCAACUUCACAGGGUGUGUCCUGGACCUAAAAGAAAAUUUCCAUGCAGGUUUUUCUCUCAUUUGUAAAUCAGGGUAAAUGCUAUUGAAUUAAAUUCAAAUCUGAUAAUAAAUUCAUUUAAAAUACA